GUUCUCCUGGAUUCGAGGUUGAGGCGUCAAGACAUGGUCAGUAGCCCACAUCGCACGAGCCUCAUCGUCGCCAUCGUUGCUCUGCUCGCUGCCAACUGGUCCAUCCUCAUCUCUUACCGGGCAAAAAUCCAAGCACUCAAACCCAAAGCUGUCGAUUACUCGUACAUCGGGGAUGACUACCCCGCCUGGUUUGAUGUCCCCGGAAUCGACGACCCCAUCGAAAUGACCUUCGCCGAGAGCUCGUCCUAUCCAAUGACGGGCGAGCGUGCGCAGGCACUCUACAUCUCCAUGCGCGCCUCCUACUCGCACAACGGCUACGUGCACCUGGGGCCAGACCAUCGCUGGUUCGCCGUGUCGAUGUUCCACCAAUUGCACUGCAUCAAUCAAAUCCGAAACAACAUCGUGGACCCCGACGGGCACACCGGACGACACGCGGCCAAGGGACACAUUCAACACUGCUUGAACUACCUCAGGCAGUUCUUCCUGUGUCACGCGGACGAUACGCUGGAGCCGGGAAACUUCCUGGAGCGUGAGCAUGCUAUGGGCACGAUUAGUCACACAAGGCAGUGUCAGGAUUGGAUGAAGCUCGAGGAUGCGACUGAGGCUAACUGGCAAGAGUGGCUUGCGUUCAAUGCAACAUAUCCGUAUCCCCCUGAGUCGUAGCGCAAGCGGCUUGUACUAUGAACCUUUUGUAUUUGUACUAAAUCCGAUACCAUGCAGCAGUCA